GUAUCUCAUACAGUAGUAUCGUUCAACGUUAAAGAAAGAUAAGAAAGUCCAUGAAAGUCCUAAAGUCAUCUAAAGUCCCGAAACAUCUUAAACACAUUGUAAUACAAUGAGCAUGCGGGUCUGUCAGUGCUUUCCCGCUUGCUAGUGGCAAUAGUCUCAAUAGUCUUUCAGAAGGCACAUCGAAAUAUGGAUGCUUUUGAUCUAAUUUGCACUGUAUGACUUCUUUGCAGCUUCUGAGUCUGUGUGGUUUCAUAUCCUACGUUUCAUCAUUCUCCAACGUUGCCUCGCAGAUUGGAGCAUGGUUUUGCUUAGGUGGUUUUGCAACACAAAGGUCCGCAGUCACCAGUGGAGCAGGCCGCGAAGGCCCGCACCGCACCUGAUCUCAGUGCUUAUAAUUCCAGUGGUACCUGUGUUCCAGGGGCUUGUUGUCCAACACUUCUGGUGGAUUUGUUCAUAUUUGUGCAUUGAAAUCAUUGAACACCGCGGAACAAAUGUUGCCCUCAGAACAUGACUCCGCUCAGCUUCACAAAUUCCUCAUAAUUUGGCUUUCGGCUCAGCGUCUCGUGUCGCAUCGUCGAUCCAAUCGAUCCAGUCGCGUCUUUGAUUUGCGAGUCAUCGACUUCUCUUCCGCCAUGUCGCAGGAACAUACUGAGUACGUUCAGAGCAAGGUCAAUCCCAUCCUCGAGAAUCUUGUGACAGAGGUUCUCUUGGAACGUCCUGACAACCCAGUGCCAUUUAUGGUGCGCUGGCUGGCAGAGCGAUCCAAGGCUGGAAAGGAAUCCCUCUACUCCUUGGGUGUGGGCGAGGCUGAGAAGCUCCGCAAUGAGAUUCGUCAAUUGCAGGAUGACAUCAAAACGCUUUCCGACAAGGUGGGGGAAGCCAAGACCAAGGGUGCUGAGAAGACAGAGAAGCCCGAGGCAACGGCUGGUGAAGGAGGUAAGGCUGAGGAGCAGCCCAAGGAGGACGCACCAAAGGAAGAGGCUGGUGGUGGAGGCGACGAAGAAGAAGCUGAGGAAGGUGGCAAGCAGGAAAAGGAAGAGAAGGAAGACGAGGAGGAGGAAGAAUCAGACUUUGGAGAUGAUGAGGAAGAUCAAGACGAUGAUUGGAAGCCUCCAGCAGCCUACAUGAAGAAGGGACAGCGAGGCUCAGUGUCAGCGGAGGCCUAUGGCGCCUUCAACCAGAAGCAGGCAUUCGAACCACCCGUCUACGAGAAGAGUGCGGACCAAGAAGCACGUAUCAACGAUGUGUUGUCGAAGAGCUUCUUGUUCAACGCUUUGAGCAAGGAUGACCUCAAGGUGAUUUUGGGUGCCUUUCUGGAGAAGAAGAUCCCUGCUGGGGAACGCAUCAUCCAAGAAGGGGAUGAUGGCGAUGUCAUGUUCCUCAUUGAGUCCGGUGCAUUUGAUUGCAUCAAGAAGAUCGACGGUUCAGACAAAGUGGUGAAGAAGUGUGGCCAAGGUGACGUCUUUGGAGAGCUGGCAUUGCUCUACAAUUGCCCACGGGCUGCUUCUGUGGAGGUCACAGAAGAUUCCGUUGUUUGGCAGUUGGAUCGCGAGACCUUUAGCCAUAUCGUCAGAGAUGCCAGUGCCAAGCGUCGUGAAGCCUUCCAGGAUUUCUUGAAGACGGUGCCGCUCUUCAAACCUCUGGAGAGCUAUGACCUGAUGCAGUUGGCCGAUUGCUUGCAGCAGGAGACUCUGGAAGCUGGACAGAAGAUCUUGAAGCAAGGUGAUCCGGGAGAUACCUUCUAUCUCGUGGAAGAGGGAGAACUUGUGGCUACCAAGAAGCGUGAGAGUGGCCAGGAAGAGGAGGUGCUUUCAUACAAGCGCGGGGACUACUUCGGUGAACUCGCACUCUUGAAGAACGAGCCACGCGCCGCAUCCGUGGAAGCAAAGACGGAGGCAAGGGUUUGCAAGAUCGACCGCAAGUCCUUCAAGAACAUCCUCGGACAGUUGGAGGCGCAGUUCAAGGAGGCUGCAUUGAAAUACAAGCCUUGAGGCCCAGACAAGAACACCUGAGUCGGCUUUGAGUCGGCCGUGUAGCGCUGUUCCCUGAAUUCCUAUGACACCGUGCCUUGCAAUCCCUUGAAGGUGUCCGACGGAUGGAGUGAAAUGCCACUCCAAACAUUGCAACUGACGUGUGGAAUGCGAUGGACAAAUGAACAGCCCCUCUUCUAGAGGUCCGGUGAACGCAUUUAAGAGACACAAGGCGGG